AUGGGGCUUCCCCCUCAGUACAGCGUCCCCGGCCCGAUGCGCCCGCGCGACGCCUCGACGGCUGCCAGUGGAACACCCGAACGGCGCUCGACGCGCCCCGCGACAUACUCGUACCCCUCACUGGCCUACUCCCUCCCAUCCGCAUAUUCGACCUCUCAGCGACACUCCUACCCAAGACAAUCGACGCCGAGUCACGUACCUGCGGGCAACCCGCUGCUUGCCGGGAAGGCCCUUCCCGCGACGCCCGACGAAGUGCAGGCCGAAGAAGCGGCCCGGCGGUACACCGGUCCUCUCCCACCGCCGCGGCCAAUGUCUUCCUCAAACCUCGCAGCGCAGUACGACGCUGGCGCAGGUUCUGGCUCAUCGGCUGUACCCCUGCAUCCCUCGAUCCGAAGAAGUGGAUCUGCCAACUCCAUCCGCGGACCGUCUACGCGCCGCUCUAGCCGUUCGUCACGCAGCUCUGGGAGUGCAGCCUCACCGCCUAGUUCAUUCCGCCUCUCGCAGACGGCCGAACGAACCCCCGCCCACAGCGCCUUCACAGAAGACUCUGGACUCCAGGCGGCCGGCGGCACUAGUGGUGUUUCCGCGCAUGCCUCGAACUUAGCAUCGAUCAGUCAUUCCAGAAGUAACGUCGAGCCGCCGCGUUCCCCGCCACGGGAACACCCCUUCGUGUCGGGCAGAGAGUCGGCUUCUAGCUCAGGGUCUUCGCCGGAGAAGAGUGAGCGCAGACGAAGACGAGAGAAGGAGGAGAAGGACCGACAGCGCCUGGAAAGGAGACGACGACGAGCGGCGAGAGCGGCGAAAUCCGAGGCCGACGCACGGUACAACGACAACAGGCCGACGCUGAGCUCGACGAUCAAUCUAUUGCUUCUUCCCUUCCGCGUCGUCCUGAUGCCGCUGCGAGUGGUACUCGGUCCGGUCCUGUGGCAUCUGCUCAACACGCUCGUCAUUCUACUCGUGCUGGCCGGUCUUGGCUGGAUUGCGGUGCUUUACAUCCGACAUGCGCUGAGUGGACUCCCCGAGCCGCUGUCGACGGCCGUGGGCCUGCCGUUCAAGCUCGCCGCAACACCUGCCUGCCUCCUGACCGGGAUUGCCUGCGAGCUCAGUCUGGUAGGCAAGGGAUGGGGGUGGCGUGGCCUCGGCGGUGGCAAGAAGGUGGACGUCGCUCGUGAGGUAGACGUCGCUGCAGUCUCGAGGGGACUGAGUAAGGAGGCGCGGCACGCAAAGGACAUCUUUGAGAGUCUGACGGUGCUCGGCGAUGGGCGGAUGACCCAGGGCUUGGGUCAUGUACGGAUUCAUGAACUUGGAAUCGCGAUCAGUACUGGGUCAACGUUAGACCAGCGCGAGAUGGUCGGACUUGAGCUCAUAGAGUUAGCCAACCUUGCUAGCGAGCUUACGGACGAGAUCGUUGCCAUCAACGCGAUGAGCGUGACGACCUUCUCGUGGCUUUUCUGGGAGGUGAGUGUGGCUUCGCGUCGUACCGUUUCCGGCGGGCUUUGCACAAGCUUCCCUGCUCUGGUCGAUGAGCGCGACCUGCUCGGCAUGCCUGACGGUCCGCCGCCGUCGCGCGUCAUGGCUCGCCUUGACUCGCUUCUCUCUCGCCUUGACCGCGAUCUCGACCGAUUAUACUCUGCCAUCGACGGCGCCAUCCCGAUCUCCGUCCGCGGAUCCGCGAAGGGCUGGGAACUGUUGCACACCUUGUCCUCCUCGUCCGCAGAGUUGCAGGCAGAGAAGGAGCGCUAUCCUGGCUGGCAGCGCGCGCUCGACUCCACCUUACGGUUCUUCAAGGGCGGCGAUCCGUCCAAGCUGCAGCGCAUCUCCGCCGACCUUGCUAUCACGAAGGGCACGAUUGCGGGCAUCGACGAUACGACCAAGAGUCUGAACCGCGUGCAACUUGAUCUGAAAGCCUUCCGAAGCCAGGUGCGCUCCUUCAAGGGCGGCGUGAUAGGCGUACAUCUCGGCACGGACGAGGAGGAUCCCCUCGGUGCGGAGAUGGAGAUGCGUAUCCUUUCUGGAGUUGUUGAGGAGCUCGGUGCGGCGGUUGGGCGAGCGAAGAGGCGGCCAGUCGUGGACCGGGACAUGGGCAUCGACCCGCCAGCCGAGCAGGGAAGGAUCGAGUCGUAG